GCUCCGGGUCCCGGCGGGGACGGCGCCCCCGCCCCGGGCCGGGGGCGCCGGGCGCGGGCGGCGCCGGUGGCCGGAGCGGCUUCGCGGGCGCAGGUCUCGCUUAUCAGCACGUCGUUCGUGCUCAAGGGGGACGCGACGCACAACCAGGCGAUGGUGCACUGGACGGGCGAGAACAGCAGCGUGAUCUUGAUCCUGACGAAGUAUUACCAUGCGGACAUGGGGAAGGUUCUGGAAAGUUCUCUGUGGCGGUCCUCGGACUUCGGGACGUCCUACACCAAGCUCACGCUCCAGCCCGGUGUCACCACGGUCAUUGACAACUUCUACAUUUGCCCGACGAACAAGAGAAAGAUCGUCCUGGUGAGCUCCUCGCUCAGCGACCGGGACCAGAGUCUGUUCCUCAGCACAGACGAGGGGGCCACCUUCCAGAAGCAGCUCAUCCCCUUCUCGGUGGAAACGCUGAUUUUCCACCCCAAGGAGGAGGACAAGGUCCUGGCCUACACCAAGGAGAGCAAGCUCUAUGUAUCAUCGGACCUGGGGAAGAAGUGGACACUUCUGCAGGAGCGCGUGACCAAAGACCACAUGUUCUGGGCUGUGUCUGGGGUGGACGCUGACCCUGACUUGGUCCACAUGGAAGCCCAGGACCUCGGAGGAGGGUUUCGCUAUGUCACCUGCCAGAUCCACAAUUGUUCCGAGAAGACGCUGACGGCUCCGUUCCCCGGCCCCAUUGACCACAGUUCUCUGACCGUGCAGGACGAUUACAUCUUCUUUCAGACAACCUCAACAAACCGGACCAAAUACUACAUCUCUUAUCGUCGCAGUGAAUUUGUCCUGAUGAAGCUGCCGAAGUAUGCACUGCCAAAGGACCUGCAGAUCAUCAGCACGGAUGGGAACCAAGUGUUCGUGGCAAUGCGGGAGUGGUACCAGACGGACACCUACAACCUGUAUCAGUCGGACCCACGCGGCGUGCACUACGUGCUGGUGCUGGAGGACGUGCGCAGCUCCCGGCAGGCGGAGGAGAGCGUGCUCAUCGACAUCCUCGAGGUCCGAGGGGUGAAAGGAGUCUUCCUGGCGAACCAAAAAAUCAAUGGGAAGGUGGUGACACUUAUAACCUACAAUAAGGGCCGUGACUGGGCUCACCUGAGGCCGCCGAGCACGGACAUGAAUGGAAAACCCACCAACUGUGAGCCGCCGGACUGCCACCUCCACCUCCACCUGCGAUGGGCAGACAACCCCUACGUGUCAGGCACCGUGCACACCAAAGACACUGCCCCGGGCCUCAUCAUGGGUGCAGGUAACUUGGGCUCGCAGCUGGUGGAAUAUAAAGAAGAAAUGUACAUCACGUCAGACUGCGGCCAUACCUGGCGGCAGGUGUUUGAGGAAGAGCACCACGUCCUCUACCUGGACCACGGUGGCGUGAUCGCAGCUAUCAAGGACACCUCCAUCCCCUUGAAGAUCCUCAAGUUCAGUGUGGACGAGGGCCUCACCUGGAGCACACACAACUUCACCAGCACCUCCGUGUUUGUGGAUGGGCUGCUGAGUGAGCCGGGGGACGAGACGCUGGUCAUGACCGUCUUCGGCCACAUCAGCUUCCGGUCCGACUGGGAGCUGGUCAAGGUGGACUUCCGGCCCUCAUUCUCCAGGCCAUGCAGGGAGGAGGACUACGGCUCCUGGGACCUCACCGACCUGAAGGGCGACCGCUGCAUCAUGGGCCAGCAGAGAAGUUUCCGGAAGAGAAAGUCCACGUCCUGGUGCAUCAAGGGACGGAGCUUCACGUCGGCGCUCGAGUCCCGGGUGUGCAGGUGCCGGGAGUCGGACUUCCUCUGUGACUACGGAUUUGAGCGCUCCCCCGCCUCGGAGUCUGAUGCCAGCAAGUGCUUUGCUAGCUUCUGGUUUAACCCCCUGUCCCCGCCAGACGACUGUGUCCUGGGCCAGACCUACAGCAGCAGCCUUGGGUACCGGAAGGUGGUGUCCAACGUGUGUGAGGGCGGAGUGGACCCUCGGCAGAGCCCCUCGCAGCUGCAGUGCCCGCUCACGCCGCCCCGGGGCCUGCAGGUCAGCAUCCGCGGCGAGGCAGUGGCCGUGCGGCCCAGAGAGGACGUCCUGUUCGUGGUGCGGCAAGAACAGGGAGAUGUCCUGACCACCAAGUACCAAGUGGACCUGGGGGACGGCUUCAAGGCCGUGUACAUGAACCUCACGCUGAGCGAGGAGCCCAUCCGGCACCGCUACGAGAGCCCUGGUGUCUACCGCGUGUCCGUCAGGGCGGAGAACGUGGCUGGGCACGACGAGGCCGUGCUCUUUGUCCAGGUCAACUCCCCCCUCCAGGCCCUCCACCUUGAAGUGGUUCCCGUGGUCGGCGUCAACCAGGAGGUGAACCUCACAGCCGUGCUGCUGCCCCUGAACCCUAACCUCACCGUCUUCUACUGGUGGAUCGGCCACAACCUGCAGCCCUUGCUCUCCUUGGAGAACUCCGUGACCACGCGGUUUGCAGACACAGGGGACGCGCGCGUGACGGUGCAGGCGGCCUGUGGAAGCUCAGUGCUGCAGGACUCCAAGGUGGUCCGCGUGCUGGACCAAUUCCAGGUGGUGCCUCUGCAGUUUUCCAAGGACCUAGACGCGCACAAUCCCAAUACCCCUGAGUGGAGAGAGGACGUCGGCCUGGUGGUGACCCGGCUGCUCUCUAAGGAGACCAGUGUCCCUGAGGAGCUGCUGGUGACCGUUGUAAAGCCGGGACUGCCCACCUUGGCCGACCUGCACGUGCUCCUGCCCCCUCCCAGGCCCACAAGGAAGAGGAGCCUCCCCAGUGACAAGAGACUCACGGCCAUCCAGCAGGUGCUGAAGGCACAGAAGAUCAGCUUCCUUCUGCGGGGCGGGGUCCGGGUCCUGGUGGCCAUGAGGGACACGGACACAGACUUGCAGAGGCUGGGAGGCACUGGCGGCUACUGGGCGGUGGCGGUCCUCUUGGUCAUCGGACUCUUCGCGGUGGGCGCGUUCAUCCUCUACAAGUUCAAAAGGAAACGCCCCGGGAGGACUGUGUAUGCCCAGAUGCACAAUGAGAAGGAGCAGGAAAUGACGAGCCCCGUGAGCCACGGCCAGGGCGUCCAGAGCGUCAUCCAGGGGAAUCACUCCGGCGUGGUCCUGAGUAUCAACUCCCGAGAGAUGCACAGCUACCUGGUGAGCUGAUGUCCCCGGACGCCCGCGCCCGGGACACUCUCCUCUGCGCCGUCUCAUCCCCGGAGGGCACAGGUGCUGGGACCCGCGCCCCCACAGAAACCUGCAGAAGCACCACUCCCUCCAGCUGUCCCCACGCCCGGUGACAGAUGUCCCCUGUCUUCAGCUCACGCCCGCCCAGCCCACGAGACGCACGGGGGCAGCCUGCGGCCCCCCGCCCCCAAUCCCCCGGACACCAGGCCCACGGCGCCCCCACCCCGACUCUGGGCACUUCUCUGCCCCUGGCCCCCUGCGUGGCUGCCCCUGUUGCUGACACGUCGCCCCAGUCCGAGGCCCGGCCGCCCCGGAGACGGGGCGGCGAGCCUGCCGGGGCUGCCCGUCACUCUGCACCUUGGGCCCUGUCCCCGCACAGGGCGCCCGCAGAGGGCGCCGGAGUCCUGCUUUCUUGCUCAUCACCCCCAGGAGGGCGGCUCCUACCCGCAUGGCCUCCUAUCUCGGGCACCCUCCAGAAUCCAGAAAGCCUCCGCCCCAGGCCCUCCCAACACCGCCCUCCGCUCCUCCCUCUGUCUGCCUCCUUUUAAACUGCAGAUGAUGUAAACACCUCUCUGGGCGGGGCAGCGGCCAUCCGCAGAACCCCCUUCUCGGAACCAUGUUUCUCGAGGGCCCAGCUCCCCUGCGUCUCCUGGCUCCGCUCCAUCCCUGGGGCCCAGAGGGCCCAGCGCUCUCCCAGCUUGCCCUCACCGGCCCCCUGGGGCCCUCACGCUUCCCGGACUCCCUGCCCACUGCCAGGGUCUCCUCCUCUGGCGGGCGUGGCAGGGCCCCCCCCAGAGAUGCGCAAGGGUCCUGUGCUUCCCAACAGUUUGAGGACCCCGAGUAGGAGCCCCCAGACCAGCCAUGGUUUCAGAUGGCAGACGGGAAGGGCCAUCCAGGAGUGCGCCCCUCAUUCUGAAGAUGGAGGAGUUGAGGCCCAGAGAGGGCGUGAUUUUCCCCAAGUCACACAGCAAGACCAUAGCAGAGGUGCCCCAGGGACUAGCACUCUGCCCCCCCCCCCCCCCCCCCACCCCGUGCAGCGAUUCUGCUCACUCACAGAUGCCUAGAAUCAGGGACGCUAGCCUCAGUCUACACAUGUGAAUAUAUGGGGGGAGAUGUUCACCUUUUGCCUUGAAACCGGAAGUCAGUAUUCUCCUCCCUCCCUCCCUCCGCCCCUCUGCCUCUCCCUGUCCCUCUCCCCUCCUUGCCCUCCCUCCACCCCUCCUCCUCUCCCCUCCCAGGCAGGGCUCUCCGUGGCUCAGGGCCUUUCCCUAGGACAUGGGGACACCAGAGCCCUGGCUAGGUGCUCCCUGGCUGCUGGUGAGUCCAGAAUGAAGCCUAGCAGGGCAUUACCCCACGUCCCCUAGAAGAGGACCAUGGCCUGCAGGAGGGGAGGCCCAGGGAUGCACCCUCACACCCACAACAGCCCCCUACUUUGCAGGAGUCCCUCAGUCUUUGUGUGUUACAAAUAGGGACUCAGACUGUGGGGAGGAAGGGGUCACAGUGCGUCACAUGCCAGGUGGAGGAGGCCACCUGCUCACCAGCUGGGGCUCCUGGGCCCCGCUCCAGAGGUCACCCUGUAAGUUGUUCUCAAGACCCUCCUUGGGGAAGGGCUGGGGCCCGAGGACCCGGGGACAUGUUUGCUGGUGCGGUCGGUGUGGGAAGAGGCCGGGGUUCUCCGGACCUUUGCCACCACCUCCCCCAGCCCGUUAGCAGUCUCCAAAGACAAGUUAGGGAGCCCUGUGUCCUGCCGUCCGCCCCCACCAGCCUGCCCUAUGAGCGUCAGACACACAGGGUCAGACACCUGUCAGCACCAUCCAGGUCCAAGGUCAAGGUCAGCAUGGAGUCCCCCUGGACACAGUCCCCCACCCUCCCCCCAGCUCGCCAGUGCCUACGGGUGACAACCCUCUGACCUUCUUUGACCACUCGACUUCAUUCUCUCUGCUGUUUGGGUAGGGUUAUUGUUGUUUUCUUUUUCUCCCUUAGUUAUUUGUGUUUUUCUUGUAUUUUAUUAUUUCUAUUAAGAGUAUUUUGAGUGUGUGGACCCAAGAGCCCGGGAAUCAGGUGGCAUCUGGCAUAACCUUAUACGUGUCCAUCCCCAUAACCGUAUAGAUCAACAUGGAUGAUCCGGGUGUACGUUUGCGGUCCUGCACAUUUGCUGGACAGGUGUCUACAGGCGCCCGGGACCACGCUGUGGUCUGCCGUGGGCAGCUAACGCUUCACUCCACCGGGCCAGACCUGUACUUGGUACAUGCAUAUAACAAAGAUGCGAAAAGUUCUUUCUUAUUUUUCCUUUAUAAAAUCAAUAAAUCAUUUGUGAUGCUUUUAACAAAGAUUAAAUGAAUAUA